GUCAGCAUUAUGCAAAUAGCAAACACAGAAGAUGAAGAUGAUGAUGACGAUGGAUCAAAAGCUAUGAAAAUCUGUUGGUUACAGUUAGUCCAUCACUCCAUGGAGAGAUAUGUUGUCACCAUCCAUCCAUCCAUCCAUCGUAGGACGUAGUCGGGAAACAGAUGGAGAUGGAGAUGGAGGAGAAGAAGAGCGCGGACGCCGCCGUCGAAGAUGCAAAGAGGAGGUGCGUUGCUCUCCGCGAUAGCCUCCACCGAAUGUCUGCUACUAAGCUCUCAGUGCCCGUGCCCACCCUUCUCCGCCUAAUCAACUCCGAGCUCGCUUUUCUCCAUCGUCUCUCCUCCGCCUCCUCACCUUCGCCUUCACCUCUCAGUCUCAAUAUCGGUCACCUGGAGGCCGUGGCGCACGUCCUUCUGCAGCCCUUUGUGACUGGAGUAUCUCGCGUUUGCAAGCCCAUCAAUCUGUCCGCUGCGUAUGAUAUCUACGUCGAUAUUGUUUGUUCUGUUAAGGGAAAUCCUGCUUGGGUUAUUGUCUCCGACAGAAACCCCAGAUUCAUUACCUGGGAAGGUGGUUCUCUUGCUGACAAAAACAAAGGGUUACAGGAAAAGAUUCGCAAAGUAGUUGACGCUGCUUGCCUGUCUCCUCCAGCGCUCCGGCCAUCAUCAGUUUUGCUUUUCUUUUCGCAUGGUCUUGUCGAUGAAGUUUAUCAGAAGCUUGAACGCGAGUUUGGUAGCGUUAAGCUGGGAAUUGAGCCGUUUUUCUAUGAGGAGUUUGAUUUGGAGGAUAAGUGGACCAAUCUGGUACUUGGAAGAUCCUUUCUUGAUGCCUGUGUUGUCGAAAUAGAGGUAAACAAAGAGAACCCAGAGAUGGAGAAAAAUUAUCUUGAUCCUGUGAGGGCAGAUGGAACUGUCUCCUGCAGUAAGUGUGAUGCAUUCUGUGAUUUAAAUGUAGGAGCAUCUUUGAGAACUCUUGUGUAUGGAAUGAAGUGCUGGUGCUGCCAUUCGAAUGAUAAUCUAGAGCUUGAAUCUGGACCGUGGAAGAACACAUUGACGGGUCAUGGAGCCGAGUUAGUUAAUUUUGAUACUACUGCAAUGGUUGCAAUUGUCUCAGGGAUCAGCAAUGGAAAGACAGACAAACUUUUGAAUACACCAGAGAGUGAACUGAGAGGACGGUUUAAGGGCAACUAUGAUUUUAUGAUUUCUCAGGUCCAAUCUGAAAAACAGAAUCCAAUCCACAAGGAGAUGAUUGGUAUAAUGUUGGGAAAACGAGGAAUUGUAUGUGAGAGUGUUUGCUCAGAGUUUCAGGAGCUUGUCUUAAUGUGUGGAGGACCUAAUGAGAAACUAAGAGCUGAAUACUUCAAGAAGUUCCUCAGGGUAGUGCCUGAUUGUCCAUCAACACGACUGAUGAGCCUUCCCACAACCCGAAAGCUCGCAUUGAAAAACAAAGUAGUGUUUGGUACUGGUGAUUAUUGGGGUGCUCCAACGGUUACGGCUAACAUGGCUUUUGUCAGGGCUGUCACACAGACAGGAAUGUCGCUGUGUGUGGCAGAGCACAAACCGCGAGCAUUGAUUGGAGAAUAGUGUGUAAGAUAUUUUACACCUCUUGACUUGUUUGAAUGGAGUACCUGGACUGAAAAAAUCACUGUGGCAUAUGCUGUGUAGAUAUAUAUUAUCCUGGGAUACAAUUGUGCUUCCUGUUUAAGACUUAGUGCUGUACUGAUCGUGGUAAAAAAGAAAAAAAAAAUUGAUGAAAGUUUGGUAAGGAGAUUUGAAGAAAUAAAAUAUCCUUUUUAUGUAUGCAUGUAUGUAUGUGUACGUGGAAUUCAGGAAGAAGGAUGCAAUAGUUUCUCAACUAUAAACCGAGACUGCAAAAUAUCCCUCAAAGCUUCAAUCUAAAUUUACAGUUAUUGGCUUUGAUGUUGAUCAAGCUAUUAGUGGAGAGGCUGUCAACGAUCAACUUGCAGGUGCCUAAUAUCCUGACCUUCUUGAGCUUCAGCAUCCCUAGCUUAACACUGACGGGGACAUCUAUCCUAAGAUCCAAGGGGAUCCUUCCGGUCUGCUGCUGCUCCUGCAGGGCUUGGAGCACGGUCCUCCCAUAUUGAUUUUGGCCAGUGAGGUCAACGUGCAGCACGGUCCUGUUCUGGUGGCCCUGGUAGAACCUGGGGAGCGAUCCCUGGCAGAGAUUUGUGUUCUUGUACCAUGCACUCAAGUGGCUCCCCUUCUGGUAAUAGAUUCCGAUCUUUUUGUUGGGGUUGUAUGCUGUGAUCCUGAUAUUGAAGGUGACGGAGAGGCUGAGGUCGAAAUUGAGCGUCAGAUCGGAUAUCCUGAGAUUGUCGACGGAGUAGCUGGGAAUCUUGGGACGAAACACGAGGUAGAGAAUGCCUGCGGUGGCAGCAACAAUGAUGAGGAGGAGGAUGAGGAGGGCGAGUGUCCAGCAGAGGCAUCUGCACCAACAGUUUCUCCGCCUCUUUGGUGGAGUCAGAGGAGGAGGAGCGGCUGCGCGGCCUCCUCCUCCUCUGACGGAAGGGUGCUGGUGGGGAUGAGGUGGUGCGCCUUUCUUAGUGAUAGAGUUGGCUGGCGGGAUGGCGGGUGGCCAUGUGGUUGGAGCUUCGGCGGGGUGUAUUCUUGGGUUGUCCGCCAUGUGGUGUGGAGGAUGAAGAAGAUGUACGCAGCAGCAGCAGCAGCACACUUUGGUAGUAUCGAUCAGAUGGAUAAUCUAAUUUGAGAGAGUGGGCACAAGAGAGAGGGAGGGGAGGGGAGGGGAGGGGAGGUUCAUGCACUCACUGCAUCGAUGGUAUCGUAUGUAUAUACAUAUACAGAGAGAGAGAGAUGGAGAGAGGGUUGAAUACUGGUGGUUGAUUGAUUAAUUAGUUGAUGUUGGUGCAUACUCAGUUUCUUGGUUGCUUACUUUUGUUUUUCUUCUUUUUUCUUUGGGUAGUUGAACUAAGCAGAGCAGCACUCACUCAAUGACUGACUCACACGCGUAUCUUCUUCUUGUGCUUCUGCUUCGGGUCAACCAUGACAGCUCAAUCGAUCAAGUCCGAAGCUGAAGCCCUUAGAUCUGCUGCUGGCCCAUGUGGAUGACGCACCGCAAGCAUUUUCCUUCCUUCAUCAGCUCGAAUGCUUUGUUUAUGUCCUCGAGCAUCACGUUGUGCGUAAUGAGCUUGUCAAUCUCGAUCUCCUGCUCCAAUCAAACUACAGUUAGUGUUCAGCUUCAGCAGCACGGUGUGCUUUUCUUUCUUUCAUUCUCUCUUUCUUUCAAUGUUUCAAUGAACAUUACUUUACCUUCCUGAGGUACAUGUCGACGAGUGAAGGAAUAUCAGAUUUGGGCUUCCAUCCACCAAACAGAGACCCCUUCAGUGUUCUCCCACUGAGAAGCAGCCCGUGGUGAGCUUCUACUUGGGGCUUCUCUUUUGGCACACCCAGAGUCACUGUCACGCCCCAUCCCUAGCACCCACAGCAAGACUGCAAAGCAGUGGUGACAAUUCCAGUAUCUCCUACACACUCGAAUGCGUAGUCCGCCCCACCAUCAGUAAUACUGUUAAUAACCUGGGAGGAGAGGAGAGGAGAGGAUUCAGCACACACAAUUUUCUUACUCGGGCGGCUAUUAAUAACCUGGACGAGGAUUCAGCAUGCAACUAGCUGUAUUUCAUGCCUCUGAUGGGCUCCCAGGGUAUUUUCAAUAAGCUAGAUGGUAAUUUAUCACAUAAAUUUAAUCUGAAGAGGUAGAGAGCUUAUAUGUUCCUCAUAAUUCUAUUAAAAGUACUGGAGGUACAUAUAUAUAUAUAUAUGCUAUACUCAAGAUGUAUUUUGUAACACUAUAGCAAGGCACAGUUUUCUCACCAACUGCAGCUUCAUAUCUCCUUCAA